AUGGAUCACUACGAUCCUUCCCUGCAAAAGGCAAUCCACGAGGUGCGGCCAAGCGAUCCCGUCAGCCAGAUCUGUCUCAUCUGGACCGACAUCCUGCAGUACUAUUUCCCCCAACCCAUCAAGCAAACCGCGAUGACUGACCUCCCUGAGUUGUUUCCAGACAUGGGCCUCGUAUUGGGCCUGAUCGCUCUAACCAUCGAUAUUUCAAGCGGUCCACUUCGUGGCGCCCCGUUCUUCCAUGUCCACGUCCGGGACCCGCCCCAUUCGGACCUGGCACUGGGCUGGGACGAAGCUGAAAAGGAAAUCAAAUGUGAAUUGAAUGGACUUGAGAUCAAGUCUGGAAUGACCGUGAUUUAUGCAGCUGUUGUGAUUGGUCCAUAUGUGCGGUUUUAUACGUAUGCGGGCCAGUCUCUCAAGAUCAUCCACUGGACCGAGAGACAGACCCUACAUAUGGUCCAUGAUCACAACGAUAUUGUCGGUCACUUCGACGUGAUGAAAUCUAUCUUUCAUGGACUUUGA